AUUCGUGUGACAUGAAAGGAUGGCAGACUCUGAGGGGCCCCAGAGUCACACUCUGUGUUUUUUAUCUACGUUGCUUUCCCAGAAGGUUCCUGAGAAGUCAGAUGUUGUGCUUCGCUGCAUGAUUUCCGGUCAGCCCAAGCCAGAGGUCACCUGGUAUAAAAACGGUCAAGCCAUAGAUGAGUGUGGCAUUGCUUCCAGUUAUGAGUUCUUUGAGAAUCAAUAUGUUCAUGUGUUACAUCUCUCUUGCUGUUCCAGAAGUGAUGCUGCUGUUUACCAGAUCUCUGCUAGAAGCUGCCUGGGAAUGAUUUGCUGUUCUGCUUCUGUUGAGGUCGAGUGCCCAUCGGAGAACCCACAACUCCCUCCUAACCUGGGAGAUGACAGGGACACAGGCUGGAAACAUGGAACAGAGACCUCUAAGAAGGAAUGCACACAUCAAACCCAUGAGAAGGAACACCCCUGUAAAGAAGAAGAAAGUAUGUCCUCGGUGGCUCUGUCUGCUGAUUCCUCCCCACCCAAAUUCAACUGCUUAUGCUCACCCCAGUUAUUGGCCAAUGAUAACCUUACUGAACCCAGUUCUGAAAAUCCUCUGGAUGAAGAAACAAGGCAAACUGCAGAGGUUCAUGAUUCAAAUAACACAGAAGAAAAUUUCCUUAAUUCAAAUGAUAUUUCCCCAAACCACCAAUGGACAGCACCACCUUCAGUCUCAUUGUUAAUGGAUGACAACCUAAAUAAUGAUGGCCCUAAUGGCGAAAUCUUAAACUCUAGUCAUCAAAAGCCCAAAGCUCAGAAAUACAUUAGCUUCAGCCUUCCACUGUCAGAGGCAACCGCAUGCAUUUACCCAGGUGAGUGUGCUUUGGUCAAUAAGCAACCCAGCCCCCCAGUUUCCAGCGAGGAUUCUGACAGUGAUUAUGAACUUUGUCCAGAGAUAUCCCUAACUUACACUGAGGAGUUUUCAGAUGAUGACCUGGAGUAUCUGGAAUGUUCCGAUGUUAUGACGGAUUACUCUAAUGCAGUUUGGCAAAGGAGCCUGCAGGGGACUGAGCAUGUUUUUUUAUUAGAAAGCGAUGACGAAGAGAUGGAAUUGAGUGAGUACAUCCUGGGUGGGUGUGAACAUUUCCUCAGUGAAAUGGGUUGUGGGCCUCGGGUGUCAGGUGACACAGGGCCUAUGGAUGCCACCACUGGCUUCUGUGCUUAUCACUCACAAUCCCAAGAAGUGGGGGUCAGGAGCAGUGGUGCCUCCAGACACAGUCUGUCGUCCCUGAGGACAGGGAGGACUCUUCCUCUCAGAUCUCACCAAGAUGGAAUGGCUAUGGUGACCGGACAGGAGAGUUGUCCACUCCCCAUUGCUUCUGAGGCUGCUGAGAAUGAUUGUCCAGGAAUUCAAGAAGAAACCAGAGACAGCCACCAAGCAGGAGAGGAAUUUGCCAGUGACAAUCUGCUAACCAUGGAUAAAGCGGCACCAGAGCUGGAGAUGAAGCCCUUGUCUGGGGGGUCAGAAAGAUCAGGCAUGAAGCAGAGUUUGGAAAUCGUGGUGGAGGAAAGAGCAGAGAAAAAGGACCUAGGCAGCCAAAGAAGCAGCCAGAAAUCUGCCAGGGUAUGGCGACCCCAAGUGAAGGGGAAAAGCAAGAAGUUGGCCCUGCAAGGCAGUGCAGCAGAAGGUGCCCGGAGUCCUCCUCCCAAGGGACCCCCUAAGGCCCCACUAAUGCGGAGCAAUCAAGAGGAGACUCCUUACGCCACAGCAGGGAUUCCUGGCUGGAAUUCCUGCUUCCUUUUCUCUCCUGCAGAGCAAGACACAAAAACCUUACAACUUUCAGCAGGCUCACUAUCCAAGGAAGGGGACACAGGAUUCCAGAGGAAAGGGCUGAGGGUUAGUAACCUAGUUGAAACGAGCCAGACUCCAGACCAGAGUGAUCAUCCUCAGGGAAUGGUCAGGGAAAGAAUCUCUCCCAGCCAGAUGCCAGCUUUCUUGGAGCCUACUGGGGAGGAGACUCCACUCACAGGGACCACAAAGAAUUUCCUCGCCAACAUGGGAAGAAUCCACAAGGAAGAUGCAUCACUGGCCCAGUACUUGGAGGUAGAAAGCUGUCCCCAAGAUCCACAGCAGGGAGAAAAACAAGAAAGAAACAGCACCACAACUGGGGGUUCCUGGGAAGACUUAGAACUUGAGCCAAGUACCCCAAAAACUAAUAGUGGAAAUAUGUCCCUAGCUGUACUCUCAGUGCAUCACCCCCAAGAUGCUAGCACCGAGCCCAGGGACCCUGAGGCCCUCUCUGUUGCUUUCCCUGAGCCCACAGAUACCGCCCUUGCCUUGGAAAAUGUGUGCAGUGGGUCAAGAGACAGAGAAGCAGCAUGUGUAGUGGAAUGUUUUGAAGCCAGUGACCAAGGAACAUGUUAUGAUACCAUGGAUUCUCCUGCUGGAACGCUAGUUGAUAAAUAUUUGCCUCAAGAUAUUUGCUCCGUGGACUCAGAGCUGACAGAAGGUCAAAGCAAAGUGUGUGAUUUAUAUUCUCCCGAUGACAAGACACUGGCAGUUCUUUUCCAAACACGAGGUUCUGAGUCUCCACAGUCCACAGGCGACAGCAGCAAGGAUAGAAACACAGCAGAGUCGCCUCUUUUCGUCAGUACUUUUACCUGGAACAUGUCACAGGAGGCCACCAAAAGGGCCAGAAGGGAAAACCUAGCCAAAGUGGAGAAUUCCACUGCCAUCUUGUCCCCCACAGUGUCGACGGACUGGGAAAGGCUGAGCCCACAGCACUCAGGGUGGGUUGGGGAAGCUCAACCCCUUUCUGUUGAGAAAAACUCUUUUGUACACUUUGGACAAGGUGAUGAGAGUCCUAGGAUCUGUGCCUCAAACACCACAGACACCCCAGCCAAUCAUAGUUCAGUUGUGAAUUUACCUCAGGAAAAGCCAAUGGCCUUAACAGCAGUAACGGUUAAUGCUGAGUGUCUACAAGAGGCUGAAAAGGCUAAGGGCAUACCAGCUGCCACCAAAAGUCACCCAGCCAGAUAUGUUGCUUCAGUUUCUGUGAACAACCUUCCAAGUGGUAUACUGGAGAAUUCACCUGGGGCACCAGAUGAAAGUAACCCCAAAUUUCCUUCCAGUGGACAGUCAGGUCAUGUUUUAAGUGACCUCACAACUGAAUCUACUAAGGAAUCACUUUGCUUGGCCUCCAGUGUAUCUGGAGUCCGUGGCAGCCAUGCUCCCCUGCUCCUGGAGGGAGAGGGCUCCUGUAACAAUUUUCUUCUUCAGACUGAUAACCAGGCUAGAAAUAAGAGCCAGACUGUGGUCAGAGCAGACCAAAGCCUUGAAGAGGAUUUCCAAGAAAAAGGAAGUGAAACAGAGAAAGGACUCAAACCAGAGAGCCAGUUCCACCAGGGUUCUUUUUUAGCAGAUGAUUUCCAAGAAAGUUUGCUCCCCACAUCUACGAUACAAGACAAAGCUAACCCGGUGCCCUUAGAACACUCCCUAAUGGACUGCAGAGAUGCAAGAGGGCAUAGAUCAGGCCAGGGGGCCGAUGUGUCCAUGGCGGCCGAAGCAAUGGUAGCAAAAAGCAGCCAGGCACUAAGCAAUGUUCCAUCACUCUCUGAAAUCCUGCAGGAGGAAUCUGAAGAGACUGGACAAGGAAAUUGGAAAUUGGGCAAGAAGCUGAGGAUUAUAACCCUAGAAGCUUCUGUUUCUGAAAUCUGGCCACCAACACAAGUAAUGGAGCUGGAGUACAAGGAGGCAGAACCUAGUCCCAUACUCCCUGACUGGCCCCGGGCUCUACUUGAUGCUCCAGAGGCAGAUGCUUCCCUGCCCGAACAGGAUCGCUCAGAUAUGGCAGUCUUGGAUGAGACUGGUUCAGCCCUUGCUGACCACAGGCAAACCCAUGAAGGCAGUGUGCCUGCCAGCACCACACACCAGGCGAGUCUUUCUUCUCAGGAUUUGAACCAACCAGGAUUCCUGGACUUGUCCAUGGACGCCGUUGAUGAAAAGGAAUUGUGGGUCACAGAUUCAUUAUCAGAGGUUUCUGGAACUGGGUGGAAGGACAAUGCUAACAGCAUGAGUCAAGACCAGGUGGGAACCCAGGUCCAGGUGGAUCACUUGACCUUCUUUAAACAGUUUCUGGCCUUGCCUGGCAUCUUAGAGUCCUCUGUUGAUCCCAUUGAUGACACAGGUGGGAUGGAGUGCCCUCAGGCUGAGAAACUUGAGCCCUCUGAUGUCACACUGGAGGUCAUCAGAGAGAAGGGAAAAUUGACUGAUGGAAAUUUGGAUCAGAGAGUAGAGGUCCCACCUGCCAUUCUGCAAAUUCCAUGUCCCCAAAACAGUGAGGAGACCAUUCCAAAUGAAAACAUAAUCAACGAAGACCAAGUAGACAGCAAGAGAGUAGAAGCUGAACCAAGUCAACAUAGUGAAAUAAAAGUGGAAGCCCAGUCUGCCAUCUGGCAAGAUCUAUGUCCUGAUGCAGGUGAGCAAAGAAUUCCAAGUGCCUGCAGCAUUGGCCAAACACAAGCAGGCAGUCACAGAAGCUCAGAGGAGGCUGAACGAAGUACCGAGAACAAAGCUGGAUCUAUUUCCCCCGCUUCAUCUCCUCCCAACAGUCUCACAGUAAUGACUCAGGUGUCUGCUGGAGUCGAUUCUCACAACUCUGCAAGCCAAAGUCAUGAUCAAUCUGCAAGUGACCUGGCUGAGCCCCAUAACCAUCAGCAUAUAUUUUCUGACUCAAAGGAAAGGGGAAUUAUUGAGAAUGAGUUUAGGAAACAUGCACCUUCUUCUAGAGAUCUCACACAACUGCCUCGCAUCUCAUCUCCUGAAGGGAACCUCACACACGUUCCAAUACGCUGUAGAAUUGAGGAACUGAAAGGAGAGAAGCCUCAAGUUGGGGAGCCCGAACUCCCAAGUUCAUCUGACUCCACGUCAAUGACUUUGGCUUUCAUUUCAGGAGAAUGUGAGUCAGAGAAAUCCCCCGGGUCCCUGCAGGAGCAAGAGGGCUCCACCCUGAGCAGUGGGAGAAAGCCAAGGAAGCAGGAGAAAGCCAGCCACAUAGCCUCACAGAUCGGCAAAUUACAGGGGGCUCAACCAGUAGUGCCUGGGUCAGAGGAGGUCAAGAAGAAGCAAGAAACUCCAGGAGGUGGACAUUUAGCUGAGGGAGUAAAGAAGAAAAUACUGUCCAGGGUGGCAGCCUUGAGACUGAAAUUGGAAGAGAAAGAAAAUGCCAGAAAAAACUCAGGUCUUCUUAGAAAGAUUCCUAAACUUGAAAAAUCAUUGUCACACACUGAUGAGAAAAAAGACCCCAAAAAGGCACCUUGCAAAAGAGAAGGAAAAGCUCCAGUAUUGCUGAAAAAGAUCCAAGCGGAGAUGUUCCCUGACCACUCUGGAAAUGUAAAAUUGAGUUGCCAGUUUGCAGAAAUUCAUGAAGAUUCUACUAUCCGGUGGACAAAAGAUUCCACGUUAAUAGCCCAACUGCAAAGAAGCGCAGGGGACAAUUCUGCUGUGUCUUUGGCCAUCGUUCAAGCCAGUCAGAAGGACCAGGGUCUCUAUAACUGCUGCAUCAAGAACAGUUUUGGCAAAGUGACUGCUGAGUUUAACCUGACAGCUGAAGUUCUCAAACAGCUCUCCAGCCAUCCGGAUAUUAAAGGAUGCGAAGAGAUUGAAUUCAGCCAGCUCAUCUUCAGAGAGGACUUCCUCAAUGACAGCUACUUUGGGGGCCACCUGCGUGGCCAGAUUGCCACAGAGGAGCUGCACUUUGGGGAAGGCGUACACCGCAAGGCCUUUCGCAGCACAGUGAUGCGGGGCCUCACACCCGUCUUCCAGCCCGGCCACGCCUGUGUGCUCAAGGUGCACAAUGCUGUAGCCUAUGGGACCAGAAAUAAUGAUGAGCUCAUCCAAAGGAACUACAAGCUUGCAGCCCAGGAAUGCUAUGUUCAAAAUACUGCCAGACACUAUGCCAAGAUCUAUGCAGCUGAAGUACAGCCCCUGGAAGGCUUUGGAGAAGUACCAGAGAUCAUUCCUAUUUUUCUUAUCCAUCGGCCUGAGAACAACAUCCCCUAUGCAACAGUGGAAGAGGAGCUGAUUGGAGAAUUUGUGAAGUAUUCCAUCAGAGAUGGGAAAGAAAUAAACUUCUUGAGAAGAGAAUCAGAGGCUGGUCAGAAAUGUUGUACCUUUCAGCACUGGGUAUACCAGAAAACCAGUGGCUGUCUCCUGGUCACAGACAUGCAGGGUGUAGGAAUGAAGUUAACGGAUGUUGGCAUAGCAACUCUGGCUAAAGGGUACAAAGGAUUUAAGGGCAACUGUUCCAUGACCUUCAUCGAUCAGUUUAAAGCACUGCACCAGUGUAACAAGUACUGUAAAAUGCUGGGGCUACAAUCCCUCCAAAGCAACAACCAGAAACCAAAGAAGCCAAGUGCUGGGAAAAGCAAAGUUCAGACAAACUCUCUAACAGUGAAGAAGCCAGUGUCUGGGGCCCCAGCAGAAAAGAAGAGCUAGCAGCCCUCAAAGACGAGUGGGCACCAGCUGGAAUACGCUGAAGACGUCCAGAAGGAGGUAGCACCAGCCUGCAGGGAGCGUGUGGCAGCCCUUACUCCCAGCCACCGGCGCCCAAGAUGCCUCUGCUCUCAUCCCAUCACCUGCCAUCUAACGAAACGGUCUCGGCAUGGGAUUGGUGACCAGACUGUGGAGACACUGCAUCAGACGUCAGUGUCCAAUACAGUCCCCUCUUAUGUGUACACAGCAUUUCUACCAACCUUACGUCUUGUGUCUGUUUGUGUAUUUGCACACAGUUUUGUUGUCAAGGACUUGGUGCUGAACAGGGUCUGUCCACAGCCCAAAUCCUGCCUGCCUCACUCCUCAGCUCAGGAUUCUAGACCUAUCCAGUUUUGAUGUGAACACGAGUCAUCAGUGUCAAGAUUUGCACGAGUGUUGAGCACACUGCUGUUGCUGGAAGAGGCUUCUGAAGUGUAAGGCCACCUCCUACCAUUAUUCUCAGUCACUUAAAAUUUUCUGUUUCAAUAAAUUCAUAGUUAAACAGAGUUGAA